AGACCCGUCAGCGCUUGCUUAGGACCGUCAAGAAGGAGGGAUAAGGUUUCAGUUGAAGGCCACGGGCACACUACAGUAAAUCAGCUUGACCUGAGGGAACCUGUGUGUAGUCUCUGGCCUUGGGCGGGUGUGCGGCUGUGUGUCGCGGAUUUAGAUGUCCUCCCUCUCGACUGGAGCUUUGCAUGUUUAUGGGUCUGAAAUGGAGCUGAGUUGCUUCAAUGCUGUAUGUGCUAGUUGCCGACAUGGAUAAAAGCACAUUAUUAGAAGAGAGAUCUUGGACAUCACACACAACAGAACACUAGCAAAGGUGAAGCAGAUCAUGGAGGAGGCUGUUACCAGGAAGUUUGUUCAUGAAGACAGUAGCCAUAUUGUGUCAUUCUGUGCUGCGGUGGAGGCGUGCGUCCUGCACGGGCUGAAGCGGCGGGCGGCCGGAUUCCUGCGCAGCAACAAGGUGGCGGCGCUCUUCACCAAGGUGGCCAAGAGCUUCGCCCCCGCCGAGGAGCUCUGCAGGAAGGCCCAGGAGAUGGAGCAGGUCAUCGACAGCAAGAGGAGUCAGACCUUGCCUCACCAGGACAGCACUCGCAAGCUGCCCAGGCUUCCUAGUCUGUCACCGCAGGGCUUCAAACACCUGUGGAUCCGCACCGCCCUCAUAGAGAAGGUGCUGGACAAAAUUGUACUCUACCUAGUGGAGAACAGCAGUAAGUUCUAUGAGAAGGAAGCAAUUAUGAUGGAUCCUGUGGAUGGCCACAUUCUUGCCUCUUUGUUAGUGGGGCCCUGCGCUCUGGAGUACACUAAGAUGAAGACAGCCGACCACUUCUGGACGGACCCGUCUGCGGACGAGCUGCUGCAGAGACACCGUAUCCACAGUGGUCACUGCCGCCAGGACUCGCCCACCAAGAGACCCGCCCUGUGUAUCCAGAAGAGGCAUUCUAGCAGCAGCAUCGAUGAGAGGCCCUCCCCCUCCCCCUCUGCCAGGGACUACGUGGAGUCUCUCCACCAGAACAACAGAGCCACGCUCCUGUUCGGCAAGAACAACGUGCUCGUACAGCCGAGAGAUGACAUGGAGGCUAUUCCAGGGUACCUCUCUCUCCACCAGACGGCCGAUGUCAUGACCCUGAAGUGGACACCCAAUCAGUUGAUGAACGGAUCAAUGGGAGAUCUGGAAUAUGAGCGGAGUGUUUACUGGGACUAUGCCAUGACUAUUCCUUUGGAGGAAAUUGUCUAUCUACACUGUCAUCAGCAAGUGGACAGUGGAGGCACGGUGGUGCUGGUGAGCCAGGACGGGAUCCAACGCCCCCCGCUGCGUUUCCCCAGGGGGGGUCACCUCCUGCAGUUCCUGUCCUGCCUGGAGAACGGCCUGCUGCCCCACGGCCAGCUGGACCCGCCACUCUGGUCCCAGAGAGGGAAGGGGAAGGUGUUCCCCAGGCUGAGGAAGAGGGGGGCUCAGGGAUCCUACGACUCCAUCUCGGAUAAAGAAGAAGAUGAGGCCACAGACUAUGUCUUCCGCAUCCUGUUUCCAAACAGCCAAUCAGAAUUUGCUCCACCUCCAGAGCUGAUGGACCAGGCAGCGUCCAUGUGGCAGCCCACUCCCAGGAAGUCCUCCUGCUCUUCCUGCUCCCAGGGCAGCUUCUCAGAGGGAGGGCCUCCCAACGGCUGCAACCAUGAGAGAGCUCCCCUUAAACUUCUCUGUGACAACAUGAAGUAUCAGAUCAUCUCCAGGGCUUUCUAUGGCUGGUUGGCCUACUGUCGCCACCUGUCCACCGUGCGCACCCACCUGUCAGCCCUGGUGAACCACGCCAUCGUGGACCCGGACGCCCCCUGUGAUGCGUAUGCUGGCCUCACCGCUGAUGUCUGGCAGAGCUUCCUACAAGACUGCAGUUCCUAUGAGGAGACAGAGCUGCUGCGGCUGGUGUACUAUGGAGGCGUGGAGCCCUCGCUGCGGAAGGAAGUGUGGCCUUUCCUCCUGGGACACUACCAGUUCGGCAUGUCUGUGGCCCAGAGGAAGGAGGUGGACGAGCAGGUGCGUCUGUGCUACGAGCAGACCAUGAGCGAGUGGCAGGGCUGCGAGGCCAUCGUGAAGCAGCGCGAGAGGGAGCAGCACGCUGCCGCGCUGGCCAAGUGCUCGUCCGGGGCCAGCAUAGACAGCACCUCCCAGAAGCUCCUGCACAGGGACUCCACGCUCAGCAAUGAGUCCUCCCAGAGCUGCAGCUCUGACAGACAGAGUAACGCACGACUCCAGAGUGACUCCAGUAGCAGCACUCAGUUCUUCACUGCCUCCCAGCCCUUCCCCUGGAGUAGCCUGCUUCCCUCUGGCUUGUUCUUUCAGGUGUUUGAGUCAGUGGAGGAGGUGGAGCAGAUCGAAACGGAGCCAAGGGUGGACGAGCCCAUCAAGCAGGUGCCCAAGGUGCCCAAUGGGGCGCUCCAGAAUGGCACCAGCUCGCCGGACUCGGGCCACCCAUCCUGCCGGAACUUCUCAGUGGCUUCGGCCCUCUCGGACUCGCUGAGUACAGAGGACAGCGGCGUGCAUGAGCCCAGCCCCAGAAGCACCAGUGCUGCCCAGCCAAUGGCCGCUUUGGCAACCCCGGGUUCCUCUGGAGGCGAAACCCAGCUGAGUGAAAGUGAAGAGCAAGUACAGGAAUCGCAGAGAGCAGCGAAGGGAAAGGAGACAGUAAAAGAAGAGAAGGAAGAAGCAGAUAUGACCUCAGACGAGGGGAAAGUGGUAGAAAUGGAGGACAGUGAUGCCAAAUCAAAAGAAACAAAGAAGGAAGAGGGGUCAAAGGUCAAAGAUAGUGCCAUGGAGAGGAAGGCUCUGGUGACAGAGGAGAGAAAAAUAGAAUCAGUCAAGGAAGAGGCUGAGGAACCAAAAGCUGUUGAAGAUAUAGAAUCUAUCAAAGAACAAGCAGUGGAACCAAAAGCUGUUGAAGAUAUCGAAUAUAUCAAAGAACAAGCAGAGGAACCAAAAGCUGUUGAAGAGAAAGAAUAUGUUAAAGAAGAGGUUGAGGAACCAAAUGCUGUUGAAGAGAAAGAAUCCCUCAAAGAAGAUGCUGAGAAACCAAAAGCUGUUGAAGAGCUCGCCAAACCUGCAGAGACAGAGAGGGAAAGAGAGAGAGAGGGAAGCAUGACGGCAGACACAGGAGCUGAAGUAACGGUGACAGAGACAGGUGAACACAAAGACCCAAUGGAGGCUACAGGAACAAUGGAUCUCAGCAGUGAGCAGGGGGAUGUUACAGUCGAGUCAAGGAUAAAAGAUGAAAGAACAUCAGAGUUAGAGAAAAACGCUCCAAUACAAGAGGAUGAGAUAUUGAUGACAGGAACAUCUACUGAAACUAAACAGGACAUGACAUUAGAGACAGCUAAUGAAACAGAAGAGGAUGUAUCCUCUGUAGCAGAGGACUUUGAAAUAAAAGAGGACAAAACAUCAGACACAGAAAAAGAAAUGAUAUCGGAGAGAGAGGAGACCUGUAUACCCAUCAAGACGGAGGCAGAGCCCUUAGAAAGUAAGUCUGUGGACACAGAGGUCACAGGAAUAAAAGAAGAUACACCACUUAUAACUGUGCCUAGAGAGGACGGUGAGCCUGUAGAGGUACGGGAGGCUAGCAAACUGACAACAAAGACUGCGGUUGAUGACACAGAGAAUAAGAUGCCGGCAGCACAAGACAAUGCAGACUCAAGGGGAGACAUGGCAACAAGCUGUGAGGCUAAAUCAGACAGCGAUGGAGAUGCCUCCAUUUUAAAAGAAGCCAUAGGAACACGGGAAGGUACAAUGUCAGAUUCACCAAAGUCAGACAGAGAAGAACAGGAAAUGACAUCAGGUGUGGUGACAGGCAAGCCAAAGGGGGCAGUCACAAAGGAGUCAUUGGGUGCAUGUGAUGAAAAGGCCAUAAGAGAAGAUGUGGAGGAAACAAAGGAUGCUGGGAUGUCAGAGAGCACACCCCCUCCUCUCGAAUUACCAGCCCCAGCAUCAGUGGCAAAGGCUGCAGCGUCCAGAGUGCUGGAGGUGGUCAGGAGUCGUCAGCCAGAGGUAGCCCCAGCUGCCCCAGACUCGGACGACUCUCCCACAGCCAUCGAGAUGGAGGACAUACCCAUGGCAAGGGUGCCCAAGGCGUCCUGGGAAGCCAAGCCCACGUCUGAAGGCACAGAGAACCAGGCAGAGGGGGGCGACGUGGUGGCCCUGGAGCUGAGAAUGGAGGAGGGCCGCCAGCACAGUCCAGAGGGCACAGCGUCAGCCCUGCGCGAGGAGCGGGAGAUGGAGAGUUUCUACCCCCCCUUUGACUCCCUCACUGUGUCAGCCGAGAAGACUGCGGCCACCUCUCCAGUGUCUUCCAUUGGAACUACUUACUCUCAAGAGCUUUUGGAUAUGUACACUCUCAAUCUUCACCGCAUUGAUAAGGAUGUCCAGCGAUGUGACAGGAAUUACUGGUACUUCACCCCAGCAAACCUUGAGAAACUCCGUAACAUCAUGUGCAGUUACAUUUGGCAGCACCUGGAGAUUGGAUAUGUGCAGGGUAUGUGUGACCUGCUUGCCCCACUGCUGGUCAUCCUGGACGACGAGGCGUUGGCCUACAGCUGUUUCACAGAGCUCAUGAAGAGGAUGAACCAGAACUUUCCACAUGGUGGGGCAAUGGACACUCACUUCGCCAACAUGAGAUCGCUGAUUCAGAUCCUGGACUCGGAGCUCUUUGAGCUCAUGCACCAGAAUGGAGAUUACACCCACUUCUACUUCUGCUACCGCUGGUUCCUGCUCGACUUCAAAAGAGAGCUGGUCUAUGAUGACGUGUUCUCUGUGUGGGAGACCAUCUGGGCGGCCAAGUACGUCUCGUCCAGCCACUUUGUGCUCUUCAUCGCCCUGGCUCUCGUGGAGAUCUACAGAGACAUCAUUCUGGAGAACAACAUGGACUUCACAGACAUCAUCAAGUUCUUCAAUGAAAUGGCGGAGCACCACAACAUCAAGCAGAUUCUGACUCUAGCAAGGGACCUGGUGUGCCAAGUCCAGACUCUUAUAGAAAACAAGUAACUCAGAGCCAGUAAUCUCUCUCUUUCUCUCUUUCCAACUCUCCCCUCUCUCUCUCUGUCUUUUAAAAGAAGCUUCCCACUGUCCCUUGCUGCAUCUCACAAACAGGAGUCUCUCAGACUUCUUAGGCCUUAAGCAAUGGAAACCUCACAAUGGAAGAACUGAAGUGUCCUCUUCUGUUUCUUCCAUGUACCUUAUAGUACCACUACAGCAUUUUCCUAGACAGUGUGAAACCCUCCAUCAUGGUUGACAAUUACAACUCACCAUUGCUCCCUGCUGACAGUCAUGAUUUUAGUAUUUUGGUCUAUGUUUUUGGAUGGUCUUUGGUGAUAAUGACGAUGAUGAUGAGGCUCAAUUAUUUGUGUUCUCUUUGAUAGAACAGCUCCAGUUAGGGUUCUGUGUCUACACUCUGUUGACACUCAGUGUUUGCAGGCAGUGGAUCCUCAGUGUUUGUGUGUGUGUGUCGUUGUGUAGGGGUUUAGAGCUUCUUUGAACAGUCUUUGUUUGUGCAUGUGUGUGUGUGUGCGUGAUCAACAUGCUAAAUGCAAGGUCAGUCAGUUUGUUAGGCAUCGGUUCGUUUUACUCUUCGCUUUGAUGUUCAACAGACAAUAGGUCAUAUCCUGUAUGUUUGCUCUGAAUUAAUGAUAUGACAAUGUCUGCAUACAGAUGGACAUCUAGAUACAGAGGACAUACAGAAGCUUGAUUCAUCACACAUCAAUUAUUUCACUCGUGUAUUCCAGAGGAAGUUUGGUAGAAUGCCAACUGCAUCAUCAGCAUCUUAAAUUUUACUGUAGACACACACACAAGUCAAUUUGCACAGUUCUACCUGCCAUAUAUCAUUAUUUACACUAUAGGAGCAGUGGGAGGCCAUCAGUUGGUUGGCCAGGAUUCAGUUCCCAAACUUGCCAUUAAGAGUCUGGGUUGCUUUGGAUAAGAGCGUCUGCUAAAUGCCAGUCACCUUGACCUUCACAUAUCAUACAUCAGCAGUAUAACAGAACAAUCUACCAAAUCCAACACAAUAAGCAUACAUACAUACAUGUCUUUCAGAAGAAUUCCCUUGCAUAUAUCUGUGCCAUUGUAUCUUUUUUAGACUUAAUGCCAUUCAAAGGAAAGAAACAGUCAGUUAAAGGUGCUGGUAUUGCACCUACGUCUGUGGAUCAGGGAAGAAAAUGUCCAAAGGAAUUGUGUAUAAGUUGAAACCACAUCAACGUACUCCAUUGUAUGUGCCUAUUUCAAAUAUAUCUCUGAACAGAUGUCCACUGUAAGUGUGUGUGUGUGUGUGUGUGUGUGUGUGCUAGGGAUUGAAUGUGUAUCUGUGUAUGUGUGUGUAAGUUCAAGGGAGUGCCAAAGUAGAGGUAAAUUAAAAAAAUAUAUAGUGCUUCAUUUAUAUAGAUAUAUUUAGUGUACAUCCAGAGAAAUAUAUAGUUACUUGGGUGAAAAAAGAAGCAAAAAUCCUGGCCAGUGCUUUCAUUUACUUUCAUUACUCUGUGAUGUAUUGUAUAUUAUGCAAACUGCAUUGCUCACAGAUGAUCUGGUAGCGGCUCCUCUAGUACUCCUCUAGUCUUUUCUGCCUAGAUCCUUUGUAUGAGACUCCCCAAAUGCGAAUGCUGUCAAAGGGGCAUUUCUAAAAUCUUAGCUUUAUAUUGUAUACCCUUUCAGCUUUCUAUUUUUACUAUACUGCUGAGUACAAUGCUUCGUGGAGAAUAAUUAUUAACCUGUUUGGAAACACACUACUGAACAUGUGAUUGUGUGUAUGUGUACGUGUGUGUGUUUAUGUUGCACACUCCAGAACACCAGCCAUGAUAACAUACAUCACAGGUAUAAUUCUAUGGACCAUUCGUCUUAUUCAGGUGGGGGCCAUUGUAAACCAAAACGAGGCUACAGGGUACACAAACCAUAGGAUUGUUGUGUUCUAUGCAUUUGCCAGUAGGUGGCAAAAAUGCAUUAAUGAUGUAGUCAGUGUACCCUGUAGCCUCGCUUUGGUUUACACAAUGGCCGCCGCAUAAAUAUGGCGAAUUCCACCCUACAGUAUGUCUCAGAGCUUGAAAUGUCACUGGUUCUACAGUCAUUGCUUAAUCUUUGGGUGUAGAUGUCAGGCAAUGAAUAUUGAUUGUUCUUUGUGAUAGCAAGCUGCUACAUGUUACCAUAGUGAGAGAGAAAAAAAUAUUUGUACAUUGUGUCUUUUAAUUUAUAAUUUAUUUAUUUACAUGCUUAUUUAUUUAUUUAUUUGUUUGUUUCUGCUUUUGUAUGUAAAGCUAUAUUUGUUAUAUUGUGGUUGAUUAUUGAUAUAUCACAGUCAGAUCCUAUAUAUCUUAAU